AUGGCGAAAGAAGGCGGAAAGGCAAUUGCGGGUAUGCCGUAUGUUAUGAUGGGAUAUUGGACAGAUUGCACUUCGGGAGUUGAUCAUGAAAGUUUGGUAGACUUAAACGCUUGUGAGAUUCCAGCAAAGCUUUUUGUUGGUUUUCAGGGUCGAAGGUUUUCAAAACACCCUUGCGUCGUGGCUGACAAAGAAAAUCCCGCGCAGGACUACCAAAACCAAGGGAAAGCUACUUUGGUUUUGAUCGAGCAAAAAUUUGGAGUCUGUUUUAGCUGUUAUAUAAACACAAGCCAACAUUUGGCGUGUGAUCAGGAUUCCUGGGUAGAGCUCCGGUCCAAUAUCAUUCAACCAAGUGUUUCCACAAUAACCAAAGUAGACAGAAGUUUACAGAACCAACCCAUAUGUCUUUUGCUGAAUAUCUAA